AUGUCAGACGCUGGCAUGCCGGAAGGAAGUGGAGAGGAUGAGCGCCAGCGACACAAUUACCCUUGGACAGAAUUCGAGCGCUACAAGCCAGGAGAACUCUUGACGCUCUGUCCCAGAAGCUCUGGUAUACCCUACAGUCUUGAAGAGUACGGAUCAGAAAGGCCCGAGUCCAAUGAGUGGCCCCUCCCCGACUUCGACCCCACAGUUGACCAGCCGGGUCACGAAGCACAGGUCGAGGUCAUCAGAUGCUUGAAGGGUGACAUCGAGGGUGAUGCACUCAUCCUCCUUUGCAAGAUCACCAAGACACCAUCCAUCAGCCGCGACACUCAUCAUCAUCUUACCCUCGGGCUCACGGUCGUCCUCAAGAUCUUCGACCCAACCUUCUUCCUUGUGGACCAGUUCUCCUCCCGUUUCUUCGAGCUCACACCCAGCGAAGUUUCCAAUCAGCUAUAUAGUCGGGAGGCUAAUGCCUAUGAGUACUUCUACGAGCAAAAGAUCACGGGUGAUCCUCACAUGGUACCGCAAUACUACGGCAGCUGGGCGCUCAAGUUCGACGCUAGCAAUUCACCUGAGCCUGGCAGAUCCUCUUCACCCAGAACCCGCCAAUGGAGAUGUGUAGGCGCGAUUCUCAUCGAGUGUAUUGCGGGGCGCUCGCUUGAGAACAUGUGUGAACGAGACCACAGCGGAGCCUUGAUUGCCGAUAAAGCUUCCCUUCCCUACAUCGAUCACGCAAGCAGCACGUCAAAAGUCCUGUCUCUGAACGACUCUGUAUCGCGGCUCAAAGUCCUGAAGAAGAUUAUACACGGCGGUGUUUGCUUCGAGCAUAUCGGCGCCGUCAUCAAGGGUCUCGAUCCCCAUGACAUCGUCCUCACUUUCCUCCAAAACACCCGAGACCGACAGACCCCAGAAGGCAUCCGUCCUGUCCUUCUCGACUACAGCUUCUGCGUUGUGUGGUCUCAGUCCCAUGAAAGCACGCACGGAAGGCUCGACGAGUUAGAUGAAGAAGCACCGCCGAUCCCCCGCAGAUAUGUGAUGAACAAGUACCCGAUGCAACGACUUCCAACACCUCCGAAUCCGACGUGGUUCUACAAUGCUAGCCAGCUGCAGGAUUUCAGAGGCUGGUUCCCAGCCGAGUGGACGGAAGAGGUGCCGGGUGAUUACGAGGUCUGGGCCGCGAGCGAAUUUGGAGAUCCCACGGAGGAGGGAAGCUAUUCGACUGAAGACAUGCUUACGGAGAAAAUGCAUGAAGCGUGGAAGACGGGUCAAGAGCAAUAUGAUCGGGAGAAGCCUAUUCUCAUCGAACAGGGAAGAUUCGACCUGAUCAUCGAGGAUAAUGACAUUCAUCCGACCCCGAAGGAGAAGCGUCUAGCCAAAGCCGAGGCCGAUCAUAAGUUUAUUGUCGAGUCUUCUAGAAAGGAGAGAGAGUUUCUGCGGCGGAUCGGCCGUCCAAUUUCAGCUGAACUUGAGGCCGAUUGUGAGGAUCAGCCGCCACCUAAGACUAGGUCAUAG